AUACACAAUCCACAAUUGAUUUUCAAGUAACCUCUGAAUUCAUUAAUAUUAUCUUUGGAACUAUGCUUUGCUCACCAGAAGCAUGUUGUAUUUGUGGUAUGCAAACAUCGUGGUAUAUUAAAGAGUGGUUCAAAUACUGGGAUCGAUAA